AUGGACUACCUUUCACGUGGUGAUAAAAGAGAUCAUGUCAUCUCGUUUCGAUCUAUAAUAGUCGAAGAAGAACCAAGAAGAGGGGUGGAGCGAAAUAAUGAGGAGGAGAGGUCACGCAGACCACGAGUAUUGACAGAAGAACAAAGAGCUCGGAAGAGAGCACGUGACCUUGUACUCACCGAGGAGCAAAGAGUGCGAAAAAGACAGAGGAGCUCCGAGUACAGGUUAAGUAGUGAGCAAAGAGUCCGGAAAGAGCAAAAGGACUCGGAGUACGAACUAAAUGACGAGCAGAGAGCUCGUAAAAGGCAGAGAAACUUAGAAACACUCAUCGCCCAGCGUGCAAUGAUGGCAGAAGACAGCUUGUUUGCUCAAAGGCAAAGAGAAAGGGCUCGUGAGCGACAGAGGGCAUCUAGACUCAUUAGAAAACAACAGAGGCAGCCCUCCACUACUACCGCUUUUUUUGGUGAGUUUUCUUUGAGUAAUAUAUAG